AUUUUUCCUGGAAAGAAAUGUCGGUUUGAUUGAUUGGAGAAAAAGACCAUUGCCUUUGAUGCUCUCUGGACAUCUUCCUUUUACUGAGUACCAACUAUUUCAUAGUGGUACAAUAGUGCCUUCUUUAGCGAAGCAUCACUGACAUAUUUGUCUGAAUUAUAUUGCAGUAAAGAGUAUAAUUGGAACAAACCUAAUGUCUGCCUGUAGCAGCUCCUCUCCUCCGUCCUUCCCAAGAGCUUACCUCCUUUCACAUCACCCAGUUGCGCCACCGACCCCGUCCCCAAGCCCGCCAGCACCGAUUUACAGCCGACUGUCAAACGGCAGUCACAGCGCGCCAAGUCCCACUAACUCCCGCAGUUCAUUCCACGGAUUGUCGUUUCUUCUUCAAAUUGGCCUCACCAGGGAGACGGUUAACCUGGAGGCAAAUGACCUGUCGCUGUCUGCUGUGAAAGAUCUUGUCUGCUCCAUAGUCGACCAAAAGUUUCCUGAGUGCGGCUUCUUCGGCAUGUACGACAAGAUCCUGUUCUUCCGCCAUGACCUGACCUCUGAGAACAUCCUCCAGAGGCUGAUGUCAGUGGAGGAGAUCCAUGAGGGGGAUUUGAUAGAGGUGGUCCUCUCUGCUCUAGCCACCGUUGAAGACUUCCAGAUCCGCCCCCACGCCCUCUACGUCCACUCUUACAAGGCCCCCACAUUCUGCGACUACUGUGGUGAGAUGCUCUGGGGUCUCGUCAGGCAGGGCCUCAAAUGUGAAGGAUGUGGCCUGAACUACCAUAAGCGCUGUGCCUUCAAGAUCCCCAACAACUGUAGCGGGGUGAGGAAGAGACGUCUGUCCAAUGUGUCUUUACCUGGACCCUCCCUCUCCAUUCCUCGGCCUAUCCCCACUGAGAAUGCUGUUGUCGUCCUGGAGGAGCAACGUUCCCACCAAGAGGCAGGGAAGCGGAUCCUGUCCUGGAGUGGCCGGCCUAUCUGGAUGGAGAAGCUGGUUCUGGGCAGGGUCAAGGUGCCACACACCUUCGCCAUCCACACCUACACACGCCCCACAAUCUGCCAGUACUGCAAACGCCUGCUCAAAGGCCUCUUCAGACAGGGCAUGCAGUGCAAAGAUUGUAGAUUCAACUGCCAUAAGCGGUGUGCAUCAAAGGUACCUAAAGAGUGCUUGGGUGAAGUUUUCUUCAAUGGAGAGCCCGCCAGCCCAGGGCCAGACUCCGACAGCACCAUGGAGGUAGACAGCAGUGAUGUGGACAGUGGGCGUGGUCUGGAUGACUCAGAGGAACCUUCCACUCCAGAUGAGAAGAUGUUCUACAUGGACUCUCCGUUCCUGGACAAGGAGAAGGACGAAGAACCCAUCAAGACCAUCAGCCCCUCCACCAGCAGCAACAUCCCCCUGAUGCGGGUGGUCCAGUCCAUCAAACACUGCAAGAGACGCAGCUCCACAGUGGUGAGGGAGGGCUGGAUGGUCCACUACACCAGCAGAGACAACCUGAGGAAGAGACAUUACUGGAGGCUGGACAGUAAGAGCUUGAGUCUGUUCCAGAACGACACCGGGGCCAAGUUCUACAAGGAGAUCCCUCUAUCAGAGAUCCUCCAGGUGGAGCAGGCCAGAGACUAUAACAGCCUGGCCCAGGGCAGCAACCUGCACUGCUUUGAGAUCCUCACCUCCACCAUGGUGUACUAUGUAGGGGAGAACAACGGUGGCCUGUACCACAGCCCGGCGCUGGCAGCCUCCGGCGUGGGUGUGGAGGUGGCGCAGGGCUGGGAGAAGGCCAUCCGGCAGGCCCUAAUGCCUGUCACGCCCCAGCCCAGCCUGGCAACUGCCGCUGGGCAUGGCAAGGAUCACAAAGAGUUGUCAAUCAGCAUAUCUGUAUCCAACUGCCAGAUACAGGAGAAUGUGGAUAUCAGUUCUGUCUACCAGAUCUUUUCAGAUGAGGUGCUGGGGUCAGGCCAGUUUGGAAUUGUGUAUGGAGGAAAACACAGGAAGACUGGCAGGGAUGUGGCCAUCAAGGUGAUUGAUAAGAUGAGGUUCCCCACCAAGCAAGAGAGCCAGUUGAGGAAUGAGGUGGCCAUUUUACAGAACCUACACCAUCCAGGCAUCGUCAAUCUGGAGUGUAUGUUUGAGACCCCAGAGAGGGUGUUUGUCGUCAUGGAGAAGCUCCAUGGCGAUAUGCUGGAGAUGAUCUUGUCCAGCGAGAAAAGCAAACUUCCAGAACGCACCACUAAGUUUCUGGUCACACAGAUUCUGGUGGCUCUGAGACAUCUACAUUUCAAGAACAUUGUCCACUGUGACCUAAAGCCUGAGAAUGUGCUGCUGGCCUCUGCUGAACCCUUCCCUCAGGUAAAACUCUGUGACUUUGGCUUCGCCCGCAUCAUUGGUGAGAAGUCAUUUCGGCGGUCGGUGGUCGGAACGCCGGCCUACCUGGCGCCUGAGGUGCUCCGAAGCAAAGGCUACAACCGCUCGCUGGACAUGUGGUCAGUGGGCGUCAUCGUGUACGUCAGCCUGAGCGGCACCUUCCCCUUCAACGAGGACGAGGACAUCAAUGACCAGAUCCAGAACGCUGCCUUCAUGUACCCUCCUGCGCCCUGGAAGGAGAUCUCAGCUGAAGCGACAGAUCUCAUCAACAACCUGCUCCAAGUGAAGAUGAGGAAGCGGUACAGCGUGGACAAAUCUCUCAGCCAUCCCUGGCUUCAGGACUACCAGACCUGGCUGGACCUUAGAGAGUUUGAGACGCGACGUGGUGAGCGCUACAUCACCCACGAGAGCGACGACACACGCUGGGAGGAGUAUGCCGACGAGCACUACCUGACCUACCCUAAGCACUUCAUCAUGGCCCCCAACCUGGACGACAUGGAGGAGGACCCCUAGUGGGCUGGAGGAUGCCGUGCACCGCGUGUGUGCUAAUAAGAGGGACAUUUCUCCAGGACUUUCUGCUGGUUGAUUUUAUAGACAUGGGGAGAUAGAAUAGCUUGCCUCCAAAACAGGUUACCGUGGGAACAGUCAGACACCAGAUACCCGUUGCUGAGCCCUACUGGGAGAUAUGGACACGGAGCCAGAACCCAGCAGUGAGGUGUACUGCCCGAGGGGGCAGACAGGGGGCACUGUCCGUGCACACAAAGGAACACAGCGGCACACCAUGGGAGACAUGGACAUUUGAGAUGACGUCAUUCUUGUUUUAGUUGUUCAAACCUUUCAGUGGAUUUCUUGAAGGUCACGUUUGUCGCUCAUUAGGGGGCAAUACAACAGCUCUCAAAUCCCAAAACAUAGCUGUUGUAGUAAUCAUCUGUAUGUCUGUGAGGGCUUGAAAUAGUGAGCUGGACCCAGGAGAGUAAAGGGCACUUAUUACAAGGGAUUUUAAAUCCAUAGAGAGAAGAAUGCGUGGGUUAUUUACAACUAAUUACUAUUAAUUAACUCUUGUUUCCCUCCCAAUACUGUUUUCCUCUUUUGAUGGCAUGAAACUGGAACUAUCAUUUGUAUGUCAGUGUUAAACAUGUAUUUUACUAAUUGGGUAGAUUUUUUGCACUAUACUAUCAUUGAGCCUAACAAUUUUAAGACAUACUGACAGUUUGUUGUAGCUGCUACAGUACUUCACAUAGGAGAAUUACUGUAAAAGGAUAUAAAGGUAUUCAAAAGAUGGCAAUGUGUCUGAAAUUGUACCAUAGCAAAACAAACUAUUUAAGAUUGCUUCUCAAUCCACUUGAAUUUACAAUGUUAUACUUCAUUCAUUCCAAACAGAAAAGCUUGACAUUGCUCAAGCAUGCACAGUGCCUACGGUAUAUCUUAAAAGUCUCACUGUGGCGUUCCAGUGUGUUUAUUGGGUGAAAGGAUCUGAGGGGACUGAGUGAGAAGUUGAUAACAGUGGAAACCCUUCAUGGUUCACAAACUAAUACGAGUUUAGGUUUAAAGUCAAAUACUUUAUAAAACCUAAGCAACUUUUUCAGAAUGCAUUGGCUGAGAGAUAUAGAUUACAAAGAAGUUUAAAUGUACUGAUACUGAUCUUUUUACAAUUUUACAUGUUUUUAUUCUCUUUGUACGCUGGUCUUGAGUGUGUCCACUUCACUGACUCCAGGUCUGGAAUCAAAUGUUGUGUGGUGUUUUGUUGAUAAUGUUGUUAGUCUCCUCUGAGAUUACCAAAGUAGCUGUAAAACAGAACAGUACAGUUGUCUUUUCUUUCUUCUCGUGGCCACCCACUACAUUUCAAUCCAUGGCCCAUAUCAAGCAGUGAAGAGAAACACAGUGCAGUAGUGAGGAACAGUAGGCUCUUCCCAGGGCAGAUACUGUGUAGUUCUAGGUUGGAGCUUUAGCAUAAGUGUAGUACUUUGAAAGGAAGGAGAGGGUACUCUCACCAUUAUCCCUUUACUGUUUGUGUUGCCGCUGGAUUGGCAGGUGUGUUUUGUAUAUUUUAGUACAUACAAAUUGAAUAAA